AUGAGCGAGAGCUCCAGAGCAGUCACAUCCGGGGCGGUGAUCCUGGAGGAGUGUCCGGAGGGGAGUAGGGAGCGAGAGCAGGCUCAAGGCCAAGAGCCAGGGCCCCUGCGCUGUGGAGGCUGCACCUUGUGGCCCCGCCAGCAGACAUGGCUAUGUGUGGUCCCUCUGCUCAUAGGCUUCAUUGGCUUGGGACUAAGCCUGAUGCUGCUCAAAUGGAUUGUGGUGGGCUCUGUUAGGGACUACGUGCCUACAGAUCUGGUGGACGCUAAGGGUAUAGGACAGGACCCCAUGUUUCCCCCCCAUCUCUCCAAGCCCAGCACCUUCCCCAAGAACUCAGACACUACCACUACUACCAUGGCAAACCCUACCUCAACCACUGUCACAGUGGUGAGGGGCAGAACUCAAACUGUUGUCGCACACCAGCCCAGUGGCACUACUACUACCGCCAAGGUGGGUAGUGCAUCAGGCAGCCAAGUUACACCUCGCAGCACCACACAACGCCAAGGCAACUCUGGGGGCGGAGGACCACAAGGCCCUGUUAUUACCACAACCACCAGCACCUCUCCUAUUAACCCCACCGUGCUGCAUGACUCCACAGAAAUGUGGACGCACAAGCACUCCGUGGAGAGGCCUGCCACCACCCCCACACGGACCCAUGUGAACCGAAAAACAUCGUCACCCACCAUUCCUCAAAUGCGCUCAGAGCAUUUCAAGCAAUGUCACGUGAAGGACCUGGCCUACUGCUUGAAUGAUGGAGAAUGCUUUGUCAUCGAGACGCUGAGUGGCCCACACAAACAUUGCAGGUGUAAAGAAGGCUACCAAGGUAUACGCUGCGACCAGUUCCUGCCGAAGACUGACUCCAUCUUAUCUGAUCCGAAUCACUUGGGCAUUGAGUUUAUGGAGAGCAAGGAGGUGUACAAGAGACAAGUGCUGUCAAUCACCUGCAUCACCGUGGGGAUCAGUGUUCUGGGCAUUCUCUGUAUGGCUCUCUACUGUCGGAACAAGAGACGCAGAGAAAAACUCCAGGCCCACUUGAAAGAGAGUUGCAGCCUCAAAAACUACAGUGGCAACGCCUCUGCUUUGGAGUCGUCCAAAUCGAGCCUGAGGCCUGACACGGGCCUGCAGCUGCAGAAUUAUUGUAAGAGGUCCUCCCAGCCACAUGAGGGAGCUGUUUGCAAGUCCAACUUUUCCCAGUGCAAUGCCACUCCUACCGACGACUCCAGAGGUCCAGGCACAGGAAAACAUUACAGAAGCAGCUCCCUUUCUCAUAGUCCAGACCAGAUAAGUAAAGCCACCCAUUGGUCAGUACCUCGUAAAACUCCGCCCAUACCCAGAGGAAGACGAAAUCCAAUUGGAGGAUCCAAACAUUCUGGCCCCGCCUACCAACACCUCCAGGAAUUGGAGUCAUCUGAGAGGGAGGUUGAAUUGUUGAAAGGGUACCAGAUUGUGAGGGCUGGGAGUGACCCGCGACAGGAUGCCUUUCUAAAUAUGCAACCCCCCAUGUUGAUUGAGCGGUCAUGGGAGAGCAGGGUGGAGGUGCGCUGCAGUCUUCUGGACCAGGGCCAGGACCAUGAUAUCUCCACUUCGACCAGGAACCUCAGGUGCCCCAGACAUCCCAGCCUCUCAUCACCUCCUCCAUUUCAGACCUGCUCCAUCCCCAUCAUCCCUUCGGUCCAGGGCAACCAGGAUGAGGUUUCCUGUUUGCAAACGGCCACCACAGGCUCAGCCACCUGCAGCGCCACGCCCAGUAUGGAAGUAGGAGGAGGAUGCUCCCUCAUCAUGCUGCACCACGCCUCCACCUCCUGCUCCUCCUCUACGGGGGGCAAGCAAGAGAAUGAGAUGGCCCUUAUCCUGGAAGAGGCCCAGGAGAAUCUCAGGGCUCUGACUCUGGCCAACAGGAAGCAGGAAGAAAGCGGAAGCUUUUCCCCUUCACCGCCCAGAGAGACGGUGUGCUUCCUGACACUCAAUGGUGGAGGAGUGAGGGGUGUGAGCCCCAAUGGACCUAUUGAGACCCAGUUACUGAGCCCUAGAGAACCCAACACAGACUCAACUCAGCCCUGCCAAUGAGAUUGUCUAAGCCCUAACGUCCUGUCUGGAUCUACAGUAAAACCUCCCUGGUGUCUUGAAAUCCAGACUGCAUCAGAGGGAUGAGAUGAAACUCAAUAGUGAAAAAAUAUAAUGAAAAAAAAAACAAUGUGCAUACUGUAUGGAAGAAUGAACAGAGGGAUGGUCUAUGAAGUUAUGAAGAGAGCAAUUAUGUAUAUGCAUUUAUUUAAUGCUCCUUCUUAGACAAAAUAAACCAAAUAGUCUGUCAUCUCCAUGGUGUUUUUAAUUACAAAAAAAAUAUAUACAGUUGAAGUCAGAAGUUUACAUACACCUUAGCCAAGUACAUUUAAACUCUGUUUUUCACAAUUCCUGACAUUUAAUCCUAUUAAACAUUCCCUAUUUUA